AUGGCCGAGGGGGUAGCCAAAAGGAGUGCCUCCCCCAACCAAGCCAUCUCUCCACCACCACUUCGCCGCAAGGUUGAAUCGACGAUAACGAAGAAAUCGGCGGCAAAUUUCUUCACCCCCGCCUCGCAAAAGAAACCCGCCCCGAUCACAUGGCGGGUCAUCGGCACGAGUGUCGUUAUCGGAAAACAGACGACGGGCCAGCCAAUUCCGCCCACCGAUAAACAGCGCCGGAUCGCUGGCUUUGACUUGGAUUCAACUUUGAUUAAGACCAAAUCGGGCAAUGUCUUCCCCAAAUCUGCCACUGAUUGGCAAUGGUGGAAUACCAAGGUCCCUGGGCGGCUCAGGGAAUUACAUUCGGAAGGGUAUCAAGUUGUGAUUUUCUCAAACCAAAAGAGAAUAAGUGUCCAAAAGGAUAUUAAAGGUGGAAAAACGGAAUCGAAAAGUCUGUCAAACUUCAAAGAAAAACUCACGGCCGUUAUGACGGAACUGGGUUUCCCGCUCAGUGUUUACGCGGCGACGACAGACCCUGAAUAUCGGAAACCCCGUCUUGGAAUGUGGCGCGAGUUCCUUGAUGACUACGACCUUGAUGUCGCGGGCGUUGACCUGCCGGCAUCGAUUUUCGUCGGUGAUGCGGCUGGAAGGCCGGGUGAUCAUUCGGCUGUGGACCGGGGACUUGCUACCAACAUCGGUAUGCCGUUCAAGACCCCCGAGGAAUUCUUCCUUGGGCAGACCACGGAGCCUGCGCCGAAGCUUUUCGAGCCUAUGUCCUUUGUCAAGCCAGAUCUUGAAGAACCAGCCAAACCGUUCACUCGCAAGUAUCCACUGGAACUUGUUAUUUUCUGUGGCAGCCCAGGUGCCGGGAAGUCUACAUUCUACUGGAAUCACCUUCAGCCUCUAGACUAUGAACGAGUAAACCAAGAUAUCUUAAAGACGCGCCCGAAGUGCCUCAAGGUUGCUCGCGAGCACUUGGAGGCCAAAAGAUCCGUGGCAGUCGACAACACCAAUGCCGACCCAGAAGCACGAGCCCAUUGGACAUCUCUCGCAAAAGAGUUCAAAAUUCCCAUCCGCUGUGUCCAUUUCAUCUCCACGCCAGAGCUAUGCCGACACAACAACGCCGUCCGAGCAUCUAACAAAGAACUGAACCCCGAAUCCCGAACCUCGCUCCCUGGCAUCGCCUUCGGGGACUUCGCCCGCCGCUACCGCGCACCAACGCUGGACGAAGGCUUCGACGAUAUCAUCCCCGUCGAGUUCACGUUCCGCGGCAGCGAAGAAGCGAAGAGGCUUUGGAGCCAGCAUUGGGUCUGA